AUUGACUAUAAGACCAGAAAACUUCGACACCCCAUCAGACAUGUUGAUGAACAGGAAGCUUUGAUUAAGUUAGAGAUGAAGAAUGAAAAUGAUAAGAAAAAAUUCAACAAGAAGAACAAAGAUUUCAUACAGACAAAUAAAGAAUGUUUCAAGAUGAAAGAUGCCAUACAGCAUCCACCUCCAGGGAACACACACAUCAAACCAGGAACAGUGACUUUGACACAGGAGCAACUUGCGGCAUUGUUGGCAUCUUUGAGGACUACAACAGGCAACAACAAAACAGAUGUACAAAACCAUAAGGCCAACAGCAAUGGAGAUGAUGAGGAUGGUUUUACUUCAGAUUCCGGAAUUGAUGUCUUACUGAAUGAAGUUCGUGAGCUUGCAAAAUCACACCCCAGAAAAACAACAGAUAGAAAUAAUGGCAACAAAGACAGCCAGGUGAUGUUGGGACAUGAACAGAAAUCUCAUGCAGAACCUGGCCAGAAAAUACUGAAUUCAGAGUCUCCCCAGCAGUCACAGCAAGAUAGUGUCUCAAACAUGGUACCUUUUAAGCAUCUGUCUGUGGCAGAGAAGAAAAGACUUCAGUGGGCUAGAGAAAGAGCGGAGACACAAGAAGCUUAUGACCCCUGGGGGAGGCCCGGAGCUGGAGCACCAAUGAAGAAAACUGAUGUUGAGAGAAAACACGGCAGUCAUGAUGACAAGGGCAAUAUCUCGCUGCAGAAUAAGUCUGCUGAUUACAAGCAGCAGCAGAAUCUUUUACUCAAUGAAAUAGAAAAGCUUCAGCAGGGGAUAAGGGAAGCAGAAUUCAAAAAAUGGCAGGAGGAUGAGAAACAGAAAUCUUUGAUGAGUAAGAAAAGUUCUGGAGAAGAGCAAAACAGGAUUACAUCAGAAAAGCGAAAUGAUCCACAGUCACUUGAAGAGGCACAGAUGAAAACUGGAAUCAGGGCUCAGAAUGGCCAGCAAUUGAAUCAGGAUAUUGUGGCUCAUGAUAAAGCAUCAACCAAUCCCAGCAAGAAGGAAGUUGAGAGACAGCAGUGGCUUGCAGAGUUAGACAAACAGAGACAGGAACAACAGUUGAGAAAACAGAAAGAGAAAGAGCAAGACCGUCAGGGCAUACAUGACAGUUUUGCAGACAGAUUUGGAAACCAGAAAACCGCGGAGCACAUUUCCCCCAGACGUGAACAAACUGGUCACAAAACAACAAGUAUUAACUCGGGAUUAUCAAAAGUACCAGACAGCAUCUUAGAGACAAACAUCCCUCCUGCUGCAAUGAGAAGUGCAAUGGGCAAUGGGGCUGUCUUACUGAAUGAAGCAAAAUAUGAAAAUGUAAAAGCUGAGGAAAAACGCAGGUGGCUGGAGGAACUUGACAGACAAAGAGAAGAGCAGCGCAUGGCCAAACUGGCCCAGAAAGAAAAAGACAGACAAGAUUCUGGUAUGUGGGUUGAUCAUUAUCCAGUUGAUCAUGAAAAACUUCGCCAGGCACAUGAAAUUCUCCAGAAUCAGCACGUUUCACCAAGGGAACGUAACUAUUUAAGCACCCAGCGAACUAACAGUGCUCCACAAGCUACUGUAGAGGACUUUGAGAAGAGCAGUGCCACACUCCCUACAUUUUUACGAGGACAAGGAGCCAUUGUUGACCCAGUAACCAGAAGGGAGCAAGAAGAGAAAAAAAGAAUCCAGAUGGAAUAUCAGGCUCAAGUGAAAGCUCAGAUUGAGGAAAGGGAAAGGCAGAAGAGAGAAAAUCGAGAGAGGAAACUGCAAGAGGAUAUGGAAGAAGAUAAAAGACUUCAGAUGGAGAGAGAUUAUCUGAAUCGACAGUUGGAAAUGGAGCAGACAAAGACUAAAACAAGGGAGGAGCUACGUCAGAGGCAGAUGGCUGUUCUGAAAUCUGCUCUGGAUGAAGCUCAGGGAAAGGCAUUGGAGGCCAAAAAUGAUAGAAGGAUACAUCAUCUGCAACAGCGGGGUCAUGAUAUCUCACAACUCAAGGCAGCAUAUGAAGCCAGCAUUCCUCAGACGAGAGAGUAUGAAACAUCUCAAAACACAGGACAAGGCAUAGAAUCUUUAAGAGGAUAUCAGGCUUACAUGAAUGAUAGGAACCUCACAUCAACGUACAACAUUGCUGCAGACACAGAACAGUUUGGGGCUUUGGGAUCACAUGAUAACAAUCAGCCAUACGUAGAGAACCGCCUGCUGACACCAAGUACAUACAGAAAUCCUAGCAAGCCCAGGCAUCCUGCAGAUUCCCCUAGGAGAGAGUUUGGUACCCAGACAUUGGAACUGAAAGAGCUGCAAGCCAUUUUGCAGAGCCUUCCUGAAGACAUUCAGAUUCAAUACAAAAUGAGAGUGGAAGAUGCCCUGCAAGAGAAGGAGAGAAGAAAGCAAGCACCAACAAGAAAGGUUCACGCUAAAAAUGCCAGUGAAGAUAGUAAUUCUAAUAAGAAUUCAAAAGGGGUGCAGCCCAAAGAAAUACCUCAGAAACUUGAAAAUAAGCCACAGUGGAAUCAGAAAAAGAGAAAAACAGCAGUGAAAAACUCAGAGAAAGAUCCAUACUAUUUUCAAAAGAGGCAGGAGGCAGAACUAAGAAAAGAAAGAAGAGAACAGAAGUUACUUUAUUUGCAAGAGUUAAACAAAGAUAGAAUUCCCAUGCAUUCAAACAAUCAUGACAGACCUCAUUGUGAAUUUGCAGAAGAUGUCCAGCACAUUGAAGAGAAAAGUGGUAAAGUUGUGGCCACAAACAAAACUCGGCCAUCCGAGUCACCUGAAAACACUGGAGGAAGUUCGCCACCCAUUCCUGCAGUGAGGCACAGAACAACCAUGAAGAAGGAUGACGGUAAAGAUCCCUACCAGUAUGCUAACAAUUAUCUUCAGAUGAGCCCGGCUGAUUCAAAAUAUGGAGAUGCUGCUGUGUUCCCUUCUAGAGAUGAGUUUGUACCUUUCAUGAGGACUGCAGAGAUUCUAGAUCCUUCCAAAGCAGAUGAGCCACUGGUGGUGUCCAGGGAGAACUCACACAUGGAGAGAGCCAGAAAUGCCUACUUUGAGUUACAUCAUCCAGCUAACAGAGGCAAGAGGCUUGAUGUUUAUCGGGACCAGGAGAGGGAGUCCAGUCGUCAG